CACUUUUAAGGACACCUUUCACCGACGGGGACGACAACAUGGCGGCCUCCCUGCGUCUGGGUCGUCAGGGAAUUUUAUUUGCCUUACGAUUGUCUAACGUUAAUAAGUGUUCAUGGGCCUCACACUCCUGGCAGGACCAUGUCAGACACUUCUUUCAGUCGCACUCGUCCCUCGGUGUCAGCCCACUCAAAGUACCAAUGCCUGCUCUUUCCCCGACCAUGGAGGAGGGAAACAUAGUCAAAUGGCUGAAAAAGGAAGGCGAGGCAGUUUCAGCAGGUGACGCCCUCUGUGAGAUUGAGACCGACAAGGCUGUUGUUACCAUGGAAUCUAAUGAUGACGGCAUCCUGGCAAAGAUCUUAAUUGAAGAGGGUAGCCGCAGCGUGCGUCUUGGUACUCCCAUCGCCCUGAUGGUUGAGGAAGGUCAGGACUGGAAGCAGGUUGAGAUUCCACCACCUGAUGCUGAAGCUACACAUGCGGCUUCUGGCCCAGCAGUGCCAUCUGCUACUACUUCUUCACCACCACCUCCACCAAAACCAGCCACAUCAGGACUGUUACGUUUGAGUCCAGCAGCAAGACACAUCCUGGACACUCAUGGUAUAGACCCAAAAUUGGCUAAACCAACGGGACCAAGGGGACUUAUCACCAAGGAAGAUGCACUGAACCUGCUGAAGACGUCCCCUGCACCUAAAGCAAUUACACCAACUGCCGCACCCCCUGCCCCUGCUGCCCCCAGUCCUGUUGUGACGCCAGCAGCGUCCCCUCCACCCCCAGGCGCUAGACCCAAUAUACCUCCUCUCUCUGUACCCGGCAAACCUGGAGCACCAGGCACUUUCACAGAAAUCCCAGCCACGAACGUUCGGCGAGUCAUUGCUCAGAGACUAACACAGUCAAAGACCACCAUCCCACAUGCAUACGCCUCCAUUGACUGUGACAUGGCUGCUGUCAUGCAGCUCCGCAAGGACUUGGCAAAAGAGCACAUCAAAGUGUCGGUUAAUGACUUCAUCAUUAAGGCAGCUGCUGCUACACUUAAAGAAAUGCCAGAAGUGAAUGUGACCUGGUCUGGUGAUGGACCCCGUGCACUCGAUUCGGUCCACAUUUCAAUCGCCGUGGCGACAGAUAGAGGCCUUAUUACCCCCAUCAUAAAGGAUGCUGGUAACAAAGGAGUGCAAGAGAUCUCGGCUAAUGCCAAGGUUUUGGCUCAGAAGGCUCGAGAUGGGAAGCUUCUACCAGAGGAGUAUCAGGGAGGCUCAUUUAGUAUAUCUAACCUGGGGAUGUUCGGCAUCGGUGGCUUCAGCGCCGUCAUCAACCCUCCCCAAGCGUGCAUCCUGGCCGUCGGCGCCUCCAGGAGCGAGCUGCGCUUGUGCGAGGACAGCCAGGGCCUGCGCACCCAGCAGCUAAUGACGGUGACGCUGUCCAGCGACGGACGCCUGGUGGACGACGAGUUGGCCUCACGCUUCCUCGAUAGAUUUCGCAGCAACAUGGAGCAACCGCAGCGCAUGGUCCUCGCGUGAGACAGACAUCAGUUUAAAUCUCUUCAAAUGGCUGAGUCAAGUCAAGACAGGAAGCACCUGCAUGACAAAGCCUGCCUGAUGCUUUCACAUGCACGCACAAUGCUUGUGUUCAAAGCUGACGGACACUUGCCAUGUGAUUUAGUCCGUGAGACUCUAAAACUUGAUGUACAUUUGAUAUUUAUUACUGAACAUUCAGUGAGGAUAAGCCUCGCUAUGUUCACGUCCUCUAUUUAAAACCAAUUCUGUGACAUCCCUCAAUACAAGCCUUGUAGUCCAUGUCUGUACAAAUAACAUGAUUUAGUGUUUCAGAUGCCAAUAAAACACACUGUUUAUCACUGA